AUGGCCGAAAACAACGCCGGUCAGACACCGCUCCACAUAGCGGUCAAAAAAGGUCACUAUGGCAUUGUUCAAGAACUGCUAUCAAUGGGAUGCAAUCCAUCCCCAACGGACAAGCACUCCCGAACCCCCCUGCACUAUGCUUGUCUGACCAAGCAAGACAUAACCAUGGUGCGGCUGCUCCUGGCUCAUGGCGCUGAUGCUUCAGAAAAAGACAAAGAGGACCGCACCCCAAUGCACAUAUGUUGCACCCACGGGCAGGCUGCACUGCUCAAGGCUCUCAUCAAUGCCGGCGCCCACAUCAAUGCAGGGGGAAAAGCGCAAGGGCAGACACCGUUCCACAAUGCAAUACUGUGUCGACAGACAGAGUGCGCGAAGAUUCUUUUGGAGGCAGGGGCCGAUCCAAACGUGCUCUAUGGGCCUGGAGAACACAUUAUAGGCUCCGCAGUAUUCAGCGGGCAGACAGAACUCGUGCAACUGAUGCUAGACAAGGGAGCUGAUCUGAACAGGGCAGACCGCCUAGGAGUGACGCCCUUAAUAUAUGCUGCUACUGCAGACAGAGAGCAAAUCGCGCGGAUCCUAUUGCAUGCUGGCGCCAAACCAAACAUACGAGGGCCUCAUGACGGUGUCGCCCUACACGGCGCGGCCAGGUCAGGCCUGCCAUCGAUUGCGAACUUGCUGCUCGACGCGGGUGCUGAUCCUUCCAUUACGGAUAGGUCGGGUUUUUCUCCGUUAGAUUAUGCUACGAAGAAGGAAGCGACUCCUGGAGAGUGGGCUUCAACCCCGGGACAUGAGUCGGUAGUCAAACUGCUGCAACAGGCACAGCGACAAUCAGAAGCUGGGCUAGGCUGA